AUGUCAAGAGACCCAUAUCUAGACGUUAAGGGCGAUGUCGAAUCCAACCUCUCCACUCUCCAUACCCUUCUCACCUCUCAAGAACGCAUCCGCUCCCAAUCGUCAAGCCGAGAAACGCCUGCAGCUCGCCAGGCGGCAGACGAAAUUAGCCGAGUGCUAGAUCUGCUCGAGGGGGAUUUGGAGGAUCUGGAUGAGAGUGUACGGGCCGUAGAGGCUGUUGGGGACAGAUGGGGAAUAGGAGAAGGUGAAAAGAAGGGAAGAAGGGCCUUUGUGGAGAGGGUGAAGAGGGAGGUACAGGGACUCAGACGAAAGAUCACAUCGAAUAGCCGGGGAGGGAAGGGGAAAGCACCAGCAAAGUAUACCGACAACCCGGAUGCGGAUCUUGAGCGGGGCGACGAGGAUGUGGAAGAAACCCGGAGAUGGGAGAUGGAGGAGCAACAGACGCUCAUGCGCCGACAAGAUGAUACCCUGGGCGUCAUUUCUGGUACACUGCAUACCUUGGCGAGUCAAGCUGGACUAAUUGGGAAUGAGGUGAAUGAGCAGUCAGAGAUGCUGGAUGACCUCUCAACUCGGGUCGACACAACAGAUAGUCGUCUGCGGAAAGCUACUCGACAGCUGAAUGAUUUCAUACGGCGCAACGAAGAAACAAAAAGCGGAUGGUGCAUCUGCAUUUUGAUCUUCGUCCUCAUCAUUCUGCUCGUCGCCGUCAUCCUCACAUAA